AGGGGUAGCUGGGGUGUGAGUGACAGUCCGGGAAGUCGCGGCGGCGGCGGCGGCUCUAGCCCGGGUCCGGUUACCGGGGCGACCGCAGAGGUGAGAUGCAGCCCUCGGGUAGGAAAAGCCCAGUGAGGAUCUGAGGCAGCGCGUCCCAACUGCGAUGUCCAAAGCAGAGCACAGGCCUGGCGUCCCCGCAGCAGUGGCGAUGGGCAGAACAGUUAUGGAGCACCUGUGACCCAAGUGGAAGCCCAGCUCAGCGAUACCAUGGCUCACUUCGAUACAGAGUACCAGCGAUUGGAGGCCUCGUACAAUGACUCUCCCCCUGGAGAAGAGGACUUGAUAGUACAUGUUCCUGAGGGCAGCAAAUCUCCCUGGCACCACAUUGAGAAUCUGGAUCUCUUUUUCUCUCGAAUCUAUAACCUGCACCAGAAGAAUGGCUUCACCUGCAUGCUCAUCAGUGAGAUCUUUGAGUUAAUGCAGUUCAUCUUUGUUGUGGCCUUCACCACAUUCCUCGUCAGCUGUGUCGACUAUGACAUCCUUUUUGCCAACAAGCUGGUGAAUCACAGCCAGCAUUCCGGUGACCCAGUUAAGGUGACUUUGCCAGAUGCCUUCCUGCCUCCCAGUGAGUGUAGUGCCAGGAUCCAGGCCAAUGGGUUUCUGCUCUCUAUUCUGGUGAUUGCAGGGGUCUUCUGGGUCCAUCGCCUAAUUAAGUUCAUCUACAAUAUUUGCUGCUACUGGGAGAUCCACUCAUUUUACAUCAAUGCCCUCAAGAUUCCCAUGUCCAAUUUGCCUUACUACACAUGGCAGGAAGUGCAGGCCCGAAUUGUGCAAAUUCAGAAGGAACAUCAGAUCUGCAUCCACAAGAAGGAGCUCACAGAGCUGGACAUCUACCACCGCAUCCUGCGUUUCAAGAACUACAUGGUGGCCAUGGUGAACAAGUCGCUUCUCCCUGUGCGCUUCCACCUGCCCCUGCUUGGUGAUACAGUCUUCUAUACACGUGGUCUCAAGUACAACUUUGAACUGAUCUUCUUUUGGGGCCCUGGAUCACUUUUUGAGAAUGAAUGGAGUCUCAAGGCUGAGUACAAGCGUGGCAGCAACCGCCUUGAGCUAGCUGAGAAGUUGGGCACCCGCAUCCUAUGGAUUGGCAUUGCUAAUUUCCUCCUGUGCCCACUUAUCCUCAUAUGGCAGAUUCUGUAUGCUUUCUUCAGCUACACCGAGAUUCUCAAGCGAGAGCCAGGCAGUCUGGGUGCCCGCUGUUGGUCUCUUUAUGGCCGCUGCUAUCUGCGACACUUCAAUGAGCUGGACCAUGAGUUGCAUUCACGCCUCAGCAAGGGCUACAAGCCAGCUUCCAAGUACAUGAACUGCUUCAUUUCACCUCUGUUCACAAUUGUGGCAAAGAACGUGGCCUUCUUUGCUGGCUCUAUCCUUGCUGUCCUCAUUGCUCUGACAAUUUACGAUGAGGAUGUGCUUGCUGUGGAGCAUGUCCUCACUACAGUCACAAUCCUGGGUGUGGCUGUUACUGUCUGCAGAUCCUUCAUCCCGGACCAGCACCUAGUAUUUUGCCCAGAGCAGCUGCUUCGAGUGAUUCUGGCACAUAUCCACUACAUGCCUGACCACUGGCAGGGCAACGCUCACCGAUAUGAGACCCGGGAUGAAUUUGCUCAGCUCUUCCAGUACAAGGCGGUGUUCAUUCUGGAAGAGCUGCUCAGCCCCAUUGUGACCCCCUUGAUCCUCAUCUUCUGUCUGAGGCCCAAAGCUCUGGAAAUCAUUGACUUCUUCCGCAACUUCACUGUGGAAGUGGUGGGUGUGGGAGACACUUGUUCCUUUGCCCAGAUGGAUGUACGCCAACAUGGACACCCUGCAUGGAUGUCAGCUGGGAAGACGGAGGCUUCCGUUUACCAGCAGGCUGAAGAUGGCAAAACAGAACUCUCUCUCAUGCACUUUGCCAUUACCAACCCACACUGGCAACCGCCACGUGAGAGCACAGCCUUCAUUGGCUUGCUUAAGGAACGCGUGCACCGUGACAGCAGCCUGGCACUGGCUCAACAGGCUGUCCUCCCUGACAACACACUGUUCACUUCCAUCCAGUCCCUGCAGACAGAAUCAGAGCCACACAGCCUGAUUGCCAACGUGAUUGCAGGCUCCUCAGUCCUGGGUUACCAAGCAGUCCGUGAUCCACAGGCGUCACGGCAUCUCUCUGCUGUUUCUGAGGUGGCAUCUGCCCUGUGUUCGUUCUCUCCUCUCCAAUCUACUCAGCCAACCCAUGGAAGUUCCCAUCAACGAGGCCCUGGCACAAUGACAGGCUCUGGGGCUGAUGCCCGAACAGCUAGCUCUGGCAGCAGUGCCUGGGAAGGUCAGCUCCAGAGCCUGAUCCUGUCAGAGUAUGCCUCUACAGAGAUGAGUCUGCAUGCACUGUACAUGCAUGAGUUGCAUAAGCAGCAUGCCCAGCUGGAGCUGGAGCGGCACUUGUGGCACCGGCGGGAAAGUGAUGAAAGUGGUGAGAGUGCCCAGGAAGAGUCUGAGACUCACCGGGGCACCCCAAGUAGCACAAUUCCUCGAUCCGCCAGCUAUCCUUUUGCCUCGCCUCGCCAGAUGGGAGAAGAGGCAGCUGCUCUACAAGUGAGCUUUCAGCGCCGAUAUGGUGGCGUCUCAGACCCUGGUAUGAUGCACAGGGCCCCAUCACACUUUGCUCGGCUGCCACUUGGAGGCUGGGCUGAGGAUGGCCAGCCUGCUCGGCACCCAGAGCCUGUUCCGGAGGAGAGCUCGGAAGAUGAGUUGCCACCUCAGGUACACAAGGUGUAACUGUGAAGGCUGAAGAUCCAGACUCUGGGGCCACCUUGGCUGGUGUGAUGGGUUACUCUGCCCUGCAAGCUACGGGUUACCCAAGUGUCUAUGUCUUGGACAUCAGCACCAGAGGGGAAGAGAUGUGAGGUCAACAGUGCCUUUGCGGUGGACAGAACUCUCUCCAGACAUGCAUCAUGCCAGUGACACUCUAGUUCUGCAUAGGCUGGAUGUGUGUGUGUGAUUACGUAUAUAUGUCUGUCUGCAUACGUGUCGUCCAUGUUGGAGACUCAUCCAAGACCUGCACAGAAGACUGCAGAGCACAUAAAACAGCAAGAGGAUUGGCAGGUGCUUGCCCUGCCUGAAGCGUUCCAUGGUGGGAGGAGGACCUGCUGUAUAGACCCCAGUCUAAGGCAGGAACAGCUGCAUCACUGUCCAGACUGUAAUACAAUUAAAGAUGUAAUCAGGAGAUUUGGACUCAGGCAAAGAAGGGCUGUGAGAGAUUAUUUUUGUAACAAGAAUGAGGCACAGGCUUCCUCCAGUGGCAGAGUUUCCUUUAAUCAAAACUCCACAAAAACAGUGUGUAUAUUCCUUUCCCUUUGAAUCCCAGCCAGAAGGAGAAUCCUUGAAGGCCCACUACCACCCUUGCCUACCACAGGAACUGCCUUCCUGGGGUGCAAUAGGUUCCACUCUGCUCAGGGCCUCAUAGAUUUCAUGUGAAUAGUGGGUCUCUAUUAUAGUAUCAAAGCACAGUCAUAUAAUAAUGCCCAUAGCUGGGGUAGUUUGAGCCAGUUCCUGAAGUGACUUACCAAAGAAUAUCUAGCACAAGAGCCUUUUUCUCCUGAGUGGGGGAUCUGUUCUGUUCUGAGGAAGCCCCUUGUUCUCAUCUUGUUCAUCCUUCGGGGACAUAAAUUAGCGUGAGGCUCUGCACCCUGUAGGAUACUUGUGUGUAUGGCAGGAAGAGGAGGGAAUGGAGGUAGUAUUGGUCUUCCCAUCAUAUUUCCACAUUACCCCCUCCCCAGUAACCUGAUUGGGUUCUUCCGCCAAUGAAUGCUACCCUUUUUUGUGGGGGUGCUUUGAUGAAAAAGCAUCCAGCUCUCAUGGAAGUGCCAGCAACAAAAGGGACCUUUCAUGCCAAAAAACAAAAUUCGCCAGUAUCUGUGGUCUAGGGAAAAGGUGGAGUUCAAAUUCUCAUGAAAAGGCGGUAGACCACCACUCAGCUUGAAAUGAUAUUCUUACGGACAUAACAGCAGCCCAGUUGAUUUCACAAAGUCUGCACUUUUACCAGAGAAAAUUGUUGCAUUUGAUCGACUGCCCUUGUACAUGUUUUGUGUACUGUACUACUCAGUACCAGCACCACAGCAUGAGUCUUCCUCCUUGCCAUAGCAGAGUUCAGGAGGAAUCCUUUCUGGACAGCCAGUAAACAACAUCCUAUCAAGGGAGUGUGUGGUAAAAUUCAACCAAUCAUUGCAUUGGUUAAUGCCUUCCAUCUUUCAAAGCUGCAGUUCUCCACAGUACUGAACAAACCUGUAAUAUAACUCCUACUCUCUCCACCUGAGCUUUCAACACUUUUUUAUAAUAGUUACUAUGCCUCCCAUAGCAACUUUCCAAACCCACUGCUUUCUGGGGGAGAUAAGAUUUGCUGCUAUAGAUUAAGAAAUAUGGAAACACAAUUGUCCUUGCUGUAGAUGGGCCCAGGCUUGACUUUAAGAGCAGCAAUGUUUGUAUUUGGAGUCAAGGCUCUUGGGUAUGGGGGGGACUGAUUUCAGCUGGUUUUCUACAGCUCAACCCGAGCAUCUCUCUUCAGAGUGAGACACUUUUUUUUUCUACUUCUGAUAGUAGCUUUAUGGAGAUCCUUGGUGCUUUUAGAAUGGAUGUGAGAGGUUGGUGAGCAGCAGCUCCAGAUUAUUCUAAGAUCCUCAUCUGGCAAGAAGUUUUAAGAACAUAAGAGCUGGAUCAGAUUAGUGGUCUGUCUAGUCCAGCAUCCUUCUUCAUAUGGUGGCCAACCAGAUGUCUUUGAUAGCCAACAAAUGGCAUAAAUUUGAAGUAGGGAUGUGGGUUCAUCCUUGUACAUGCUCCCUUUGGUUACUUGAAUAUUUUAGGUACUCCAGUAACCAAAACCUACUGGUGUAGCAUUAAUCUCCCUUCCUAUGUAACAGUUCAUUUGGACCUCAGAAAAGAAGUAGCAUAGCCUCAUUGAUUGCAGCUUUGAUUUGUGCUGACCAUGAUCUACAGAGCAUCUUCCUGGGCAAUGAUUACCUUCUCAUUCUCAAUGGAAGUGUUUGCAACCUUGAACUAGCAGUGAUAAAAAGGAGCAUUUUAUCCAAAAGCCUGGGGGGAGGGUUGCCAGCUGCUGUGUAUUGUACUUGUCUUUGUUCCCUCUUUGUGUGCAUGGCACAGCCUCCUGCUGUUUGAUUUGUGACACUAGAAAGUCUAGGCUGCGACUGUGUAUGAUAAGCACUGCUAGUGGUUUGUAAAGCAGAGCUUUGCAUUCAGCAUCCUGUACAGUGCUAUAUCUACUGAUUAAAGAGGGGAAUUCUCUUCCUCAGUGGCUCUAG